UUACUUACACGAGUCCCCUCACCCCCUACCAAAAACACCCUCUUCUCCCAGGCGACAAAAAAAAAAAACAACUAGCUAGCUCCCUCAAAAACAAGAAGCAACAAACCCGACGAUCGAGAGAACUCGAUCGGGAUACAAUCAGUUUAUAUCGUAGCUAGCUAGGGUUUGAUCCAUCCAUCUUCAUCAUCACACCAUGAUGAAGUGGAGCGAAAGCGAUCUCGAUGUGAUCCUCGUCCCGCUCGCCUUCAUGGUGAUCGCCGGCUACCACGCCUGGCUCUGGCACAAGGUCCGCACCCAGCCCUUCUCCACCACCCUCGGCACCAACGCCGCCGGCCGCCGCUGCUGGGUCGCCGCCAUGAUGAAGGACAACGAGAAGAAGAACAUACUGGCGGUGCAGACGCUGAGGAACCUGAUCAUGGGGUCCACCCUAAUGGCGACCACGUCGAUCCUCCUCUCGGCGGGGCUGGCGGCGAUCAUCAGCAGCACGUACAGCGUGAAGCGGCCGUUAAACGACUCCGUUUUCGGGGCCCACGGUGACUUCAUGGUUGCGCUGAAGUACGUCACCAUCCUGACCAUCUUCCUCUUCUCCUUCUUCUGCCACUCGCUCUCCAUCCGCUUCGUCAACCAGGUCAACCUCCUCAUCAACUCGCCUCAAAACCCCGCCGCCGACGACGAAGAAGGGGGCGUCGCCGCCGGCGUCAUUACUCCCGAGUACGUCGGCGACCUCCUGGAGAAGGGUUUCGUCCUCAACACGGUAGGUAAUCGACUCUUCUACGCCGCGCUGCCGCUUCUUCUCUGGAUCUUCGGCCCGGUGCUCGUGUUCCUCUGCUCCGUCGCCAUGGUGCCGAUUCUCUACAACCUCGACUUCUUGUUGGCCGACGCCGGCGGGAAGAAGAAGAAGAAACCCGCCGUCGACCACUGUCAUCACUCGAGUAAUUUGGUGUAGAAAGUUUUUAUCUUUUUUCUGGUGGGCACACAUAAUGGUGGAUUAUCACAAGUUUUUUUUUUUUUUUUUGAAAAAAAUGUACUGGAAUCAUGAUUAUAUUCCAACGGUGGUGGUUAUGUAUUAUAUGUAACAUUUUGAAUAAUUAGAUUGUAUUUUAUUUGGGCUUAAUUGGCGGUUGGCUUGUACUUAAUGAGUUAAAAAGAAGAAAACACAACAACAACAUAAGUACAUGUCAUCCUUUUGUUUUAAUAAAGGAGGGUUUACACCGUCA